GUUUAUCUCGUCAGUCUAGAGUCGGCCACGUUCAAAAGCACAAGCAAAAGAAAAACCUUCCAACAGAGCAUCCGCGCGUCCUACCGAGGAGGGCGAAACGCAAUUUCACCCCAUCACGCACACACCGCACCGGAACUGCGGGAGAGGGUGCAAGUUGUAAAAGUGUAGUUCCUCCAUCUUUUUUCGCGUUGAACGUUGGAAUUUAGUGAAAAUAUAUUCUAACCUAGUGUAAAAUUAGUGCAAAAACCAAGUGCUAGCAGUGACUAACAGAAGUGGCUGGCCGAAACUGAGGCGGCACGCAAAAUGCGGCCUGGCCAGAAUGGCCCAGCCCAGUGUUGAAAAUUUUCCACCCCAGCAUGUCAUCAGUGAUAGAAUGGAUUUUAAAAAUGGAUGAAUCGCUAAUGCCAAGUGAAGAAGAUUCGAUAUCACGCCCACGUGAAGAAAUGUUCCUCCGAAACGGAUAAAGUAACCACCAACGGAAACUAUGAAGCGAGGAUAUAAGAGAAGACUCCUACUGGGACAAUCGAUCACCGAUUUCAACGUUUAAAACGGAAAUUCUUUCCAAUCCACAUACCAGCACAAGACUGACUGUGCGGGAAUCGGUGAAAAUUUUGCUCUUAGUGAAUUGUUGUGAGCCACACGGAGAAUGAAAAAAUAAAUUGAAACCGUGCAACUGGCCAGUUCCGGAUUGUUGGUUCAAAAGUGUGUUUGUGUUCGUAUGCUGAACCAGUGAAAAGAGAGAAGAAGAUAAAAAACGCCAUUCAAGCAAUCGACUAAUCAAGUCAAACCAAUCAAUCAAAGCCAACGGCCAAAAGGAUUACACGCGGAGAGUGGAUAGUGACCACCCUUCGGAUAAUCCUUUCAUUUGCACCCACACAACCUGGUGCGGGGAGGGUCGAAACUGGACUGCCGACAAAUUGAGUCCCUCAAACGAUACGAGACGAGUGAUCAUGAGCAGUAUCAACAUUUGGAGCGUGCAAAUCGAUCGAAGUCGGAGUGGAAUUAUCCGGAAUGUCUCGGAACGGCUCAUCGGAACGGUUGCCACUUUCUCGGUACUGCUGCUGGUCAUUGGAGUUGUCGUCUGCGACGAGGAAACAACCCCACACCCGCUGGACGAUCAUAGACGCUACUCGCAGCCGAUCCUCUAUCCGGGGGCCAACCAGUUUACCGGUCCCCGCCAGCUUUACCCUUCCGGUAAGGUGAAAUCCUCCGAGGGCCGGCUGGUAAAGACAAAAACGAACCCGAAAGCGAAACCGAACAUCCGGACGCCACUACCACCGGGGAAGAUUGUCCUAGCACCGAGGCCACUUCCUCCGGUGUAUGGCGUCGGGCAGGAACUGCCCCAGGAUCUACGCAGCCACCGGUCCCGGCCGGUACCGAUCUACGUCCCGCCCGGAUUUGGAACCAUCUAUCACGGCAUUCAUCGACCGGCCGGGGGCGAACGAACGGAAGAUUACCGGCCGCACCACAAUGGGUACGACUAUUCCGGACUGGACAAAAUAUUUGUCCAGGAGCAAGAUUUACUUAGUGAAGCCGGUGGCAACGGGGACACCUCGCCUGGUGUAGACAAUUGCGACAUCCACUGUGAACCGAAGGAGUUCCGCUGUGACAAGAGUUGUGCCUGUGUCCACAUGGAUUUACAUUGCAAUGGGCAAGCGGAUUGUAUUCUCUCGGAGGACGAGCAGAACUGUGAAACCGUACAGGAGGAGCUGGUAAAGCAAAUGAAGCAAAGCUGCGAGUCUAGUGGAUCGCACGUUAUCUGCGCGACUACGCACACCUGCAUCUCGAAGGAAUGGCUGUGCGAUGGGGACGACGAUUGCGGGGACUUUACCGAUGAAACGCACUGCGGAACACGGCACGAGUGUUCCGAGGGAAAGUACGAGUGCCAGAACGAGCUGUGCAUCCCGCGGGAGUGGGUCUGCGAUGGAGACAACGAUUGCAACGAUCUGUCGGACGAGCGGAACUGUACUAGGCAAUGCUCCCAGGACGAGUUCCGGUGCCACGAUGGCAGCUGCAUCUCGGCCUCGUUCGAGUGUGACGGAGAAGCGGACUGCAUCGACGAAUCGGACGAGAUGUCUUGCGAUAGGCCGAUGCAAAGCUGCCCGGAAGGAGAGUUCAAGUGCAAGGGUUCCCUCGGUGGUCUCGGUGGCCCCGGGGGACGCUGCGUUCUGAUGCGGUUCCGCUGCGACGGUGACAAUGAUUGCGGUGAUUGGAGCGAUGAGGAGGGCUGCCCGAAGAAGCAGGUCAUGUGUACGGCGAAUGAGUUUAAGUGCGAUGAUGGAGACUGUAUUCCGGUGCAGUGGCGUUGCGAUGACAAGCAGGACUGCAAUAACGGCGAGGAUGAGAAGGGCUGCCCGGUUGAUAAACUGGGUGGAAGGUCCUGCUCAUCAGAUGAGUACACGUGUAAGGACGGGAGGUGUAUUUUGCGCUCUUGGGUUUGCGACGGAUCUGCAGAUUGUAAACGCGGUGAAGAUGAACAGGACUGCGACAUCAAGUGUGAGCUUAAUCAGUUUGCGUGUCCUACCAGUAACCGAAACAGCUCUCGAGAUUCACUUUGCAUCAAUCAGAAACACGUCUGUGACGGGCAUAAGGAUUGUGUCGACGGCGAGGAUGAGCUGCGCUGUCCAAUUGUACACCCGUGCAGUGCCCAUUCACGGUGUGAACAGCUAUGUGUUACGGCAUACAGCGGCCGGGAGGAGUGCAUGUGUCGACCAGGGUUCUUGCUGGACGCCAAUGGCUACAAUUGCACCGACAUCGAUGAAUGUACGAUCGUCAAUAAUCCGGUGUGCUCUCAGGAGUGCACCAACACUAUCGGAAGCUUCCGCUGUGGUUGCAAGGUGGGCUAUGUAUUGCGACCGGAUCAGCGAACCUGUAAAGCGGUUGGCGGAGCCGUCAAACUGCUGAUGGCGAAUCGAGCUGACAUCCGUCAGGUAUCACUCAGUAACAACCAGUUCACAUCGAUCGUCAAAGGACUACCGAAUGCCAUCGCUAUUGAUUACCACUACCAGCAGGAUCUACUAUUCUGGACGGAUGUUUCUAUUGAUGUUAUUAAACGGUCAUUUUUGAAUGGAACCGGUGUCAAGGACGUCAUCAAGUGGGGUCUGGAAUCGCCAGGAGGUUUGGCUGUGGAUUGGAUUCACAAUCUACUUUUUUGGACCGAUUCGGGAACGCGAAGGGUGGAGGUUUCAACGUUCGAUGGGACACUGCGAGCAGUUCUGGCUGCAAACGAUUUGGACAAACCACGCGCCAUUGCAGUUCAUCCGGAUAAGGCGACCGUGUUCUGGACCGACUGGGGUACCGUCCCGAAGAUUGAAAAGGUCUUCAUGGAUGGCUCCGAGCGGCAGACAAUUGUUUCGGAAUCGAUCUUUUGGCCGAAUGGCUUGGCAAUCGAUUACACUACUAACCGAAUCUAUUGGGCAGAUGCGAAGCAUGUUAUCGAGAGUGCGAACUUUGAUGGUAAAAACCGGAAGAAAAUUUUAAGCAACAACUUACCGCAUCCAUUCGCAAUGACCCUGUUCGAAGACUCCAUGUACUGGACAGACUGGCAUACACGCACGGUAUCCACGGCGAACAAGAUCACUGGACGUGGUUUCCGCGUCGUUCACGAAGGCUUGCACUUCCCGAUGGAUAUUCAAAGUUACCACGCCUCUCGGCAGCCCGAUUAUCCGAACCGUUGUCAGCCUGAUCAGCGGGGACGUCGUGGUGGCUGCUCUCACCUGUGCUUACCAAACCGAAAGAACCGACGAUGCGCCUGUCCGAUUGGACUCACGCUGAAAGGAGAUCAACGAACUUGUUCCAAUGUUCCGGACAAACUACUUUUGAUUGCGCGCAAGAAAGACAUUCGAGUUCGGCAGUUGGAUCAACAGAAUCCGACAAAGGGCGUCGAUAUGGUGGUUCCCUUGGAUGGCAUCAAGUCGAACGUUGCCAUCGAUUGGUGUAGUCAAACCAAUGUGAUCUACUGGACCGACGUCGGUAAGAGCAUCAUCAGUCGUGCGUUUAUCAACGGAAGCCAGCAGGAGGCGAUCAUCAAAUCGAACCUUAUUUCACCGGCUGGUCUAGCGUUGGACUGGAUCACUGGGAAAAUUUAUUGGACUGAUGCGGGGACAAACCGAAUCGAGGCUGCCAGCACAGAUGGGAAGCAGCGAGCGCUGCUGAUCUGGGAGCGAUUGGAUAAGCCGAGAGAUAUUGUCGUUCAUCCGAGCGAAGGUUACAUGUUCUGGUCCGACUGGGGAUCGAACCCGCUGAUCGAAAGAGCCGGCAUGGAUGGCAGCGGUCGUGUGACACUGGUUUCCGAAAAUCUACAAUGGCCAAACGGCUUGGCACUGGACACCGACAAUCACCAACUGUAUUUUGUGGAUGGUGGAACGAAAGCUCUGGAGUAUGUGAACUUCGACGGAACCGGUAGAAAUCGGUUGAUCACCGAAGGACUCAAACAUCCGUUCGGGCUGGACGUGUACGAUAAAAAGGUCUACUGGACCGAUUGGGACACGCACAGCAUCCAGGUUGCGGACAAACUCACCGGCGCGGAUCGGCACACGGUACUGGCAAACAAUACCGAUUUGAUGGAUAUUCGUGUUUUCCACCGAACCCGGAAGGAUGUCCGUAAUCCGUGCGGGGCACGGAACGGCGGCUGUUCUUACAUCUGCUUGUUGAGCCCGUCUGGGUAUACUUGUGCCUGCCCGAUUGGAAUCCAACUUAAUGACAACGGCAAAACUUGUAAAGACGGUCCGUCCAACUAUUUGAUCUUCGCCCACCGCACCGACAUUCGUCAGGUUUCGCUGGAUAGUGACUACCAGAUUGAUGUCGUCUUACCGCUGCCACCAAUCUCUAAUGCUGUCGCGUUGGAUGUGGAUGCUCAAACCGGUGAAGUUUAUUGGGCCGAUACGAUCGAAGAUGUCAUCAUGCGCUCUUCUCCGGAUGGAAUGCGAGUCAAACAGGUACUGAGCGAAAGUAUGGACAGCGUCGAUAGUCUGGUUGUGGAUUCGAUCGGACGCAAGAUUUACUGGGCCGAUGCUGGACGUUGCUCGAUCGAAGUCAGUGAACUGGAUGGCAGUAUCCGGACCGUGCUGGUAUGGAGUGAUCUCAUUCAUCCGAAGGGUAUCGCAAUGGAUUACGAGAGUGGCUACCUAUUCUGGGCCGAUUGGCGUAAAGAUCCGAUCAUAGAGCGUGCCGAUAUGGAUGGCGAACGCCGGAAGAAUAUUGUUACAACCGAUCUUGGCUACAUCUCAGGGCUGACCGUCGAUGGGCUUGAGAAGCGUCUCUACUGGACGGAUUCCAAGGCCAAAACAAUUGAAUCGUGUGACCUGAAUGGAAACUCCCGGAAGAUUUUGUUAGAAAACUUACCCCAUCCAUAUGCGCUAGCAGUUACACGCAACUGGGUCUAUUGGACGGAUUGGAUCACCAAGGCUCUACAUUCGGUUCCGAAGACCAACACCAGCAAGAUUCGAAAGGUUGCUAAAGAUUUGGAACAACUGAUGGACGUUAAAGUGGUGCUGGAGCAUGAAGAGUACACGGAGAACCCUUGCGGCAAAAACAACGGCGGCUGUUCGCAUUUGUGCUUGAGAAAACCGAAAGGCUAUUCCUGCAAAUGUCCAACUGGACUGCUUAUGAAGGAGGGCAGCACCAAGGAAUGCAAGACUAUUCCAGACGAAUAUCUACUGAUCGCCCUUCGCUCCGGUAUUGGGCGCAUUUCGCUCGACACACCGGACCUUUACGAUGUUGUUCUACCAUUCGAAGGCGUCCACGGAGUGGUGGCACUUGAUUACCACUUCGAUCGGAUGUACAUCUUCUACGCCGAUGUCAACGUGGACGCUAUCCGGCGUGUCAGUAUGCACAACUUCUCCGACACCAAGGUAAUCGUGGCCAGCGGCCUGAACACUCCAAACGGUUUGGCCGUCGAUUGGCUCUCGGAUAACCUGUACUGGACCGAUGCGGCACUGAAGAAGAUUGAAGUUGCUCGGCUCGAUGGUACCUGCCGGAAGGCCGUCUUGACCGGUGGUUUAGAUGAUCCUCGUUCGAUCAUACUCUAUCCGAAGCGUGGUUUCAUGUUCUGGGCGGACUGGGGUCAGGCGCCAAGAAUCGAGCGUGCUUACAUGGACGGUUCGGAACGGCGAAGUAUAAUCGAUUCCGAGCUCGGCUUCCCGACCGGUCUAGCAAUUGACUUUGACAUGAAAAAGCUCUACUGGGCUGACGCUCAGCAGGAUCGAAUUGAGAUGUGUGACUUUGAUGGGAAGCGACGCACUCGGGUCAUCUCGCAGGCUACACAUUCGUUCGGAUUCACGCUGACCGCCAGCUACAUGUACUGGACCGAUUGGCACAAUAAAUCGGUUCUACGGGCUCCGAAGCGGGUCGCUUCCCCGGUGGAAGAGGUUCGUUUCGGGCUGCGAGGCGCACUGGAGAUUCGAUCGGUGUCCGGAAGUCGACAACCGCACGACUGGAACCCUUGCGGCCAAGACAACGGUGGCUGCAGCCAUCUGUGCUUGUUCGCUGAAACACGCUACGUCUGUGGCUGUCCGGACGUUCCCGAUGAGACGCACUGUCGGCUCGAACCGGCCUUCAAUGUGCCGAUCAGAACCAACGACGAAAUUACCACCACAAUGGACGAGGAGAAACCUGCCAAAUCGAGCGGAUCUACUGUGCUGAGCAACAACCAAUCGCACGCCCAAUUUAUGAUUAUCGGUAUCCUCAUUGUAGCCGGCUUGCUCGUUAUAGUAAUAAUCGCCAUCAUAGUGGUGGUUAUGAGUUCCAGACGGAAACAGAGCAAGAAAACGUCCCGCAGCGGCAGCGACGUGCUGACGUUCACCAAUCCCAACUACAACGGUGUCGACGGGUUGUGCCAUCCGGGUGCAGGUGAGUCCGGUUCCUCCCGCAACACCAUCUGGAAGCGGCUGAAGUACGACCGUGCACAGGAGCUGGUCUACGAGGAGAAAUAUUUGGGCCCACCGCACGGAACGGCAACCACGACACUGAUUUCCCCGGCAUCGUCAUCGCAGAUCUCCGCCACCUCAGCAGUUCUUCCAGUGUAAAGUGUGGAGUGGUGUCAAAACAGCAGGUGAACGAUGAAAAAAACCUCAACAACAAAGUAAAGCUAGCAUCGAGGCGGAGCAUAAGCGGAACACUACCCAAAGAUCAACUAUUUAUGAAACUAUUCAAAUCAAUGGAACAUAUUCACUGACGCGAGAUCGUUCAAGGAAAUUCAAGGCAGCUACACUAGACAGAGUAAAUCGAAGCUAAAACUAAAACAAAAAAAAACAUAACGAACUAACGAACGAAACCUAAGGUUGAGCAAACUGUCAAAGAAUAUAGAGUAAACAAACUAUUCUACUUACAUAGAGAGAUGAAAGAAAAUAUUAUUAGACAGAAAACAGAGAGAAUUAUAAUAUUUUUAUCACACAUUUUUGUAUAUUGAGCGAUUACUUUCGUUUUAUAUGAAGCAAACAAAACAAAAAACACACACACACACACACACACACACACACAAAAUGGUGCAUACUGACGGCUCACGAAAGGUACUAUCAUUACCUCUAUAUUUUCACAAGUUUUAGUAUGUAGUCAGCAGAAGCAAAAACGCAAAAACAAAAAGAAGACACCGAACAAGCGCGUGUGUGUGGGCUGAUACGAAGCACACGGGAUGAUCACCUUAAAGCAAAAUUUUAGCCCGUACGCACUUUGCAGUGCGUAUGAAGAGAAUAAAAACGCAAAUCACGGUUUGACCUUUUUGACAAGUUUGGGAAUAAAAUCUCAGCAGCACACAGAGGACAACAGAGCAGUACUCUAUAUAAAUAUAAAAUAUAUAUACACACACCCAUACACACGUAUGAUACGGUUAUGAAACUGGUUGUAAUUUUAUGAGCAACAACAAGCCACUCAACACACACACACAAACACCCAUUCGAAGCUCCACCCACAACCGUAACCAAAACAAAUAAACAAACAAAUAAAAUCUAAAUCUCUUAUCUGCUAGGGCAAAACCACAAAAACAGGUUUAUGGUAGUGUAAUAAUACAAUAGAACUACUAAUGGAAAAUCACAAACAACAAACGCAGUUUCCCCCGCUCCCCGCGUUGAUCGAUUUUGGCUCGGAAUCCGUUGAAAUUUGACAGCGACGAAAACAAAAGAAGAUUUGUUUUGGUUUUACGGACUUACAUAAAUAGCAAAACAUAAGAAGAAAACACACACACACAGCAAAAUUAUUAAAUCGUUAAAGCUAGAAGAAGCAAAACAAACAAAAACGCGUGUGGAUAAAUAACACAAUAUAUACAUGAAUGUUUUAUAUAUUUCUGGUUUUUAUACAUAUCCUGCAAGCGGGAGGAAGCGAGCUACAAAAAAAAAAUACACGGAAGGUGAAAGUUUGUAGUGUUUGACAUUUUUUAACACAAUCGCGGUGGCAGAUUGUUAACGAUAAAAGCGUUUUUUUUUUUUGUUGAAAAAAUUGUUUCGGUUUUCUUUUAUGAAACAUGGCUGUGCGUUAUUUUGAGAAUGAAGUUAUCAUUUGUUGUUGUGUUCUCAAUUACAUUUAAUGUAACGGAUGGCGUAUUUUUUCCCUAGCAUUCCAUUCGGAUCGAGGGUUGCUCCGGAACGGGAAUGCUUCCGCGCUAUUGUUUCUUUUUUCGAUUUUUUUUCAACAUAAAAUAUUAGAUACCAAAAGUCCAGAUCAAAGAUCUGCUUCGCUGUAAAUAACAUGGAGAUGAGGAGGGAAAUUUUAUUGAUAAUGGCUCAAGGAGAGACGCGUUCGUACGAAGUGCAGCAGAAUUUGACGCAACGAUUGGAAUUUAAACGAGGAAAUUGAACGAAAUCGGCUAUUAAGAGAGCAAAAAUUGUUUAUGUUUAUGAAUUACAUUCCUAAUUUUACACAGUUACACGUAGGUUAAGAUGACAGCAUGCAAAUCAACUGCAAAAGAUGUUAAUAAUUAUUAAAGAAAAGGUCUUUAACUAACUUUACUAUAGGAUCAGGGAGAGGGUGCCGGCAGAGUCAAACUCGCGAACGUGGAUUCAGUCUUCAAGAUUGAAACGGAACGGUACUAGACAAAAACCCAAAGGGAGCGCGAAAAGUAAUCGUUUGUUAGGAAUACGAUUUUUUUACUGUAACUAAAGAGGAGUGAAAAAAAUACAUAAGCAAAACUUAAGAUUAAACUAAAACAGCAAAUCGUAACUACUGAUGUAACAAAAACUAAUUGAAACCAGACAAGAGAAAAAUUAGUGUAUAUACAGAAAUGGAAUUUCAUAAAGUUGCAUACAUACUUCCUUGCAUCAGAUUGUAUAAGAGUAAAUGCUAAACAAACCAAAAACAAAACAAAAAAAUAAUGCUGCAAAUGAAAUGUUACAGAAAAAUUCCAACGCGACAGCAAGAAGCAUGAAAACAAGUGAAACAAUGUGCCAAAAAUUAGACGGAAGAUGGCGCGCGAGUGCCAUUGAAUCGGCAUGCAAGAGCGCGUUUGUGCAUUGUUCCUUCUAUGUGUGUGGGUGCAACUCCAAAAGCACCCACACACAUUCGAACGUGUGAUUGAUUUUCUUUGUGCGUGCGUGCGUGCCUGAGUGUAUGUGGGGGUUUAAUGAGCACUCGACACGCGUCCAUCUUCGUGAAGUUAAAUGUAAAAUUGUAUAGAAUAAAAUAACUGUAUCUGCUCACUUAAAUGAAACAUUUAAAAAACGAUAUUUUCAACCGAAUGAAUAAAAAAAAGACUGAUUUGCUUUUGGGUUCUGACACUCACAAUCGUUAAUGAAUCAAUUGUUUGCGUGAUAACGAUCUGAACGCAAUAGAAGCGUUUUUUUCCUUCUGUUUAGUUAGGUUCGCUCAAAGCCACUGCGCGGCUACAUUUUAGGUAAGGUUACUUUUCGGUGUAUAUUUCUAGUUGUUCGUUUUGCCGAUUUUCGCUCUAUGAUGCUGUCUUCUGGAAGAAGCAACGCUGAAAUCUGGCUCACGUUUCUGUUCACACAUUUCGGUAUUCUGUUGAUGUUUUCGACUGUGUUUACUGCUGUUAUUUUUGAGUGAGCGAAACGCGAAAGUCAACAGGCGAAACGAGUCAGACAAAAAAUUAAUUGUUUUGUUAGAACACGCAAAUGUGAUUCCAAACAUUCACGACGAAUGCCGCGCAGGCUGAUAGACUUUUUAAUGAACAAUUUUCUUUUGAAAACCUUCUCUAUCUUCUUCUUCUUCGCUCACUUGAAGUAAGAUUUUAAACAAAAAAGUUGCUCAUAUAUCAUUCUACUAUAAAUUUGACAAUAUAAAGAUCAAAUGUAACGUUAGUAUUAUUUAGUUUGAGGGAGAAAAUAAAAAAAAAAACAACACUAACCUUCGACUUAUCCGGACUGACCGACGUUCGACUCGGUGACACUUAUGACACGAUCACUUGUUAGUGCCUCUUUCGGAUUCGGACAACCUAUGGGCGAAUUGCACCACCACCAAAACAAACUGAUUGUUCUCUUUCCAAGGGCUCUAGAUUGAGUAUAAUCGGUAUUUUAGAAUUCACCAUUGCCUAAUUCAUAGCUUCUCCAGUCGGAAAGUUGAAUCACUGUGACAGAAUAGACAGCGUGAACGUCAUUUGAUGACGCCCGACAACUAUGACAACUCCGACGACUGCGACGACGAUCACAUCCAAGCAGCUGAUGUGAUACCGACACAAGCACUAAAACUGACACAAAAUGGCGACACAAACAAACACAGCAGUCCCUGCUUUAAGUUGUAAUUCUUUUCGUACCUCCUCCCUGAAUCAAAGUGCGCGUUUUAGUGCAUACAACAACAACAACAACGUCAACAACAAAAAAGUGCAGAUAAAACAAGUUUCAUUGGUUUUAAACAAAACCGUACAGCAAACUAGCAAAUGCCGAAGAAAAGUUCGGAGGGCAACCGCAUCCGUCGGAGCGACGGACGGAAAUUCAAGUAAAGACUUUUAACCUCGUAAUGCGUGUGAAUGGAUAUGGGUAGGCGAAAAAGAUUAAAUUUAUAAAUCCAAAUAUGAGCAAACAGGUUCCAAUACCGAACACGAGUUAGAAUGUUACGUGAAAAUGAUCCCGUUUUCCAACCGAACGCAAAAAGCCAACUAACGGCGACACGCCGUUGGCUUUUGCCGGGUGCAAGCGGAAGCCCUAAUACGAUGGCUCUAUUGUUACACUAAAUAAUUAUUUACUGAGUUUGAGGAAUGAUAACGAGAACGAAGAAAAAAAGCCAUGAAUAUGGUAAAUCCAAGAACACUUUAUUUUUUAUAAGAAAAUGAAGAAAAAUAAAUCGAGAAAACUCACACCUUGAACAUAUUUGAAGGAAGAAGCAAAAAAAAACACUCACCAAAACACGUGCAAUGGAAGCGAAAGCGAAUAAUGCGGCAGAUUUUUACUAAGCAAACCCUAAAGCUCAACACAAACACUAACAAAACAAAAAAAAAGUAGCCUGUAAGUAACAAAAAAAAGAGCACACCCAGCCCGGAAGUCCGGUUCCACCCGGCUACCUCCCGACUCUGGUGGCGGUUUCGGGUGGCGCGGCUGGCACCGGCUGACUUCCGUUCCACUAAAAUGUGGCAGGCUCCUACCACUUCCGCGAACGCUGCUGGGUUGGGUGUGUGCCGUCAAUUCAGCAGCAACUCACCACACACCGCUACACAGUUGUAAAGUGUGCGUGAGCAGGCUGAAAGCGUUUAGUUUUGUUUUUCAGUUACUAAUUUUAUAGAGAAAUUAUAAGCAAGCAAAGAGAGAAAAGAUCCCAGUAUAAAAAAAUCACAACCAGGAGCGUAUUAGUGAAAAAAAAAAACAAAUUCAAAGAAAUUUAAAACAAAAACAUGAAAAGAAACCAACAUGCUGUGAGGAAUUAAGAUGAAAACAAAAAAAAAACAAAAAUAGUUGAAACAAAACCAAAACAAAAGACAACAUUAAAUCGAAAACGGAAAGAAGAAGUGAUGAAAACAAAAAUAAAAGUCAAAUGAAAGUUGCACGAAAUUAACGGCAAUCCACUGAGGGAAGCAGGGAAUAGCACUGCAAAAUGCAGCAAUGCUAACUAGCAGAAUAGAACAAAAAAAACAACGGAUGAGAUUACAACACUAUAGCGAAAGGUACAGAGCAAACUGACAAAAACCAAAACCAAACAAAACAAACGUUGGAGAAUAGUCCUGUGAACAUAAGAAAAAAAAUCAUGAAAAUUAAUAAAUGUAUUUUAAAUGUUAA